GAGUCGCGAGUAGGCGUGAGCGUUCGCUCGGGGAGGACUUUUGUUGUGGAACUUUUUGGUGAUCAUGCGUGACUCGGAGACACUUGCUUCGCUUCGUAGAAAUAGUAAAGGCAAGCAAGUUGUAACCCCUGAUGCUAGAGACACGCCUCAAGCUUCUCGAGGUGCAUCUCUAAGGAGGAGACCGGAGGAUCGGCGUGAGGAAAGUCCUAACUCGCAUGAAGUCAGGGAAGUUGACCAACGGUCGUUUCCCCCGAGUGACUUUGAGCAAGCCAUGAUUCAUUGGUAUCGUCAAGCAAAGGAAUUAAGUGGAGAUGAAGCAACUGGCUCAUACACCUUUGCGCAAUUCAGAAAGGCGAAACCACCCACUUAUGAUGGGAAAGCCGAUCCUCUUGCAGCUGAGCAGUGGACUAGAAAGAUUGAAGGGAUCUUUGAAGCUGAAGGUGUUCCUGAAGAUAAGAAGGUUACUUUUGCUUCUCGAUACUUAGAAGGCGAGGCAGAGCAUUGGUGGGAGGGAAUGAGGCCAGCUCUCGGAGAUAGGGAUGGUGUUAUAGCUUGGGAGGACUUUAAGCAGGCUUUCAAUGCCCAAUUCUUCCCAAUGUCAUUUCAGACAAAAAUGAAGAGUGAUUUUAUACACAUAUCUCAAGGCGACUCCACGGUUUUGGAGUAUGCAGCCCGCUUUAAUCAGAUGAGUAGAUUUGCUAAGCAAUAUGUGUCUAAUGAGCAAGAUAAAACUGAUCACUUUCAGAGGGGGCUCCGGUAUGAAAUUGGUUCGGCACUCACACCUCUAGCAUUGACAUCUUAUAAAGAUGUGCUGGAACGAGCCAUCAGAGUGGAACAAAAGAUUCUGGAGCGAGAUGUGCAAGGCGUACCUCAGCAUAAGAAGUUGAGAUUCACUGACUAUCAAAAUAGCGGCGCCGGUGGCAGCGGAAAGAGGAAAGCUUUUAAUCAGCCAGGAAAGCCCAGAAUUCAGAAUAAUCUAGGCCCUUGUACUACAUGUGGGAAACGACAUAGCGGUCCUUGUUACCGCAAGAGAGGAGCAUGUUUCACUUGUGGAAAAAUGGGAUAUAUGGCACGUGAUUGUCCAACACAGAAUAAUGCCCCUGGAGAUAGUAGAGUAUGUUUUGUAUGUGGACAACCUGGACAUCGAGCCUAUACUUGUUCUAUGAGGAAGACCGCACCUCCAGUUGAUAAGCCACAAGAAAGCCAGCAAAGGCAAAGGAUGACUGGGAAAGUUUUUACAAUGACAAGAGAGGAUGCGGCGGCUUCUAAUACAGUUGUUGCAGAUAUAUGA